AUGUCGGUCAAAUUCGAGAAGGAUACGGUGAAGACGACGGCUGAUGCUAUCGACGCAGCCGGCAAGGGCGACCUGCUGCAAGGAGUAGGCGCGGCCCUGACAAAAGGCGGCGGCGGCUUGAAUGGAUACCUCGCAGCGUACCUCGGGCAACUGCAGAGCAACCCGCUGCGCACCAAGAUGCUCACCUCGGGCACCCUGUCGGGUCUGCAGGAGUUCACUGCUUCGUGGAUCGCGCACGACAGGAGCAAGAACGGCACCUACAUGACGUCGCGUGUGCCUAAGAUGGCUAUCUACGGCGCCCUGAUCAGCGCGCCUCUCGGUCACGUUCUCAUCAGCAUGCUGCAGAAGGUCUUCCAGGGCCGCAAGAGCUUCAAGGCCAAGAUCCUGCAGAUCCUGGCGAGCAACCUUAUUAUCUCGCCCAUCCAGAACGGCGUCUACCUCACCUCCAUGGCCCUGAUCGCCGGCGCCCGCACAUUCCACCAGGUGCGCGCCACCGUCAAGGCCGGCUUCUGGCCCGUCAUGAAGGUCAGCUGGGUCGUCUCGCCCAUCUCGCUGGCUUUCGCCCAGCAGUUCCUCCCUGAGAACACCUGGGUGCCCUUCUUCAACAUCAUCGGAUUCAUCAUUGGCACCUACAUCAACGCCUCCACCAAGAAGAAGAGGCUGGCAGCUCUCAGGCGCAAGCACUACGGCGAUGCCAGCGGGAGAGACUACAACAGCGGGAGAAGCCAGGCCGGCGGCAGGCCCGGCGACGAUUACGACCGUAACGACCGUCCUUCCGGUCCUCCCGGCCCUCCCGGUCAACCAGGACCACCUCGCUACUAA